AUGCAUCUAAAAAUGGAACUCAACCGAGAACAUUUUUGCGCCAUAAUUUAUUACAACUUUCAGAGACAAUUAUCGCAACAAGAAUGCCUUGCUGAGCUACUGUCUGUUUUCGGCAACGGAGCGCCACAUCAGUCGACAAUUUACCGUUGGUAUGGAGAAUUUAAACGUGGACGGGUGAGUCUUAGCGACGAUCCCAGGGUGGGUGCACCAUUGAAGAUAGACAUGUGA